GGUAUCACAGAAAGCCAGUGGUGGAUCGGUUUUCGACAGGUCGGGUCUGGCACAGCUGCCACUGAGGGCGGUCUGUUUGACAGCAGCGGCUAACCUCCGUUCUUCCCACAGGGCUGCCUGUUACUGCUAACAAUGGCCUCUGUUAUGGAAGAUCCCACCCUCGAGAGGUACUUCACAGGGCACAAAGGCGCUGUCAUCUGUGCAGACUUCAAUCCAAAUCACAAACAACUUGCUUCUGGAUCAGUGGAUAAGAGUCUAAUGAUCUGGAAUCUGGCUCCCAAGAGGAGUGCCUUCCGCUUUGUUGGACACCAAGACACCAUCACUGGAGUGCACUUCUCUCCUUUCGGCAAUGUGGUGGCCACUUCCUCAAAGGAUAGAACAGUCCGACUCUGGAGGCCCUCUAUGAAAGGGGAGUCCACAGUGUUCAAAGCACACAUUGCUGCUGUACGCAGUGUUGCUUUCUCUAGUGACGGCUUGAGACUGGUGACAUCGUCAGAUGACAAGUCUGUCAAAGUGUGGAAUGUUCAACGGAAGUGCUUUAUCUAUUCCCUUAACCAGCAUACUAACUGGGUGCGCUGUGCCAGGUUUUCUCCAGAUGGACGGCUCAUAGCGUCUUGUGGUGAUGACUCUUCUGUCCGGCUGUGGGACACGUGCACCAAACAGUGCAUUAACUGCUUCACAGAUUCUAAGGUCUCUGUUACAUUUGUUGAUUUCAACAACAGCGGCACAUGUAUUGGGUUCUCUGGAGCUGACAGCACGCUGAAAAUCUUGGACUUACGGACCAACAAGUUGUUUCAGCAUUAUAAAGUCCACAGUGCAGAAAUCACUUCCUUUUCCUUUCACCCCUCCAACAACUACCUGAUCAGUGGCUCCAGUGAUAACACUGUCAAGAUCCUGGACCUGCUGGAGGGCCACCUAAUCUACACCCUGCAUGGGCACAAGAGUGCUGUACUUGCAGUAACCUUUUCUAGAGAUGGACAUCUCUUUGCUUCAGGGGGAGUUGAUGCUCAGGUGCUGAUGUGGAAGACAAACUUUGACAAAAAAUCCUAUCAGGAUGUCUUGCAACAACAUCGUCAGAGGUCCACCCCUGAUCCGCCACCUCACCUGGCUGACAUCCACCCUCGAGUACCCCACCUCCACCUUCCACAGCCCAGAGCCAUUCAGAUCACUCCAGUUGUGAGAGACACUCAGUCUGCUCAACCUGAUAUCAUAGACAUUAGACCUGAUGCUCACAAUAUGAAGCCUGGAUCUGGGCGUGCUGGUCGUCUGGGGGCCGGGUCUCACCCUCAUCAGUUCAGUGAUUCCUGCCCGGGUUUAGGGAUCCUCCUGCUGCUGGUGUGUCGCCAGAGAGCCUCCCUGUGGGCCACUUCCUGUGCCUCUGGGGAUUUUCGUAUUCCGUUCUGCCGUUUCUUCAUAAAAGCCUCCCUGCUCACUGUCACAGAAGCUGCAUCAUCGUUCUCAGCCUCUGAUCUGAUCAAUCCCAUAGCAGACAGCAUUGAUCGUGUCAGCAUGCCUCCUUCCCAGACGGCCCAGCGAUCGCUGCAUCCCCACUAA